AAAACCCUUUCUCUUGUAGUGGUACCCAUCAUUGAGGAUCUGCUGGUUGGUGAUAAAUGGAAAACCCUCCCAGAAAAGCCAGGUCGGUUGCAAGCAUAUAAGCUAAAGUAUGACCGCGCCUAUGCCCGUAAGAUGGUACAUGUCGUAUGUGAGCAAGUGUCAACUUUAGAAAGAGACCAACUUAUAAGAAGCGGAGCAGUGGAAGCUACCUUCAAGGCUAUCAAGCUUGGCUACCUUGACUUUGUAAAACAAAUUACAGAAGCUAAUCCUGACAUAGUUUGCAGCCAUGAUCCCGAACACUCAAGAGAUAUGUUAAUGUAUGCUGUAGCAUAUCGUCAAGAGGAAAUUGCCGAGUUUCUUUAUGGACUCAAUGUGUGGAGGAACAUGACGGAGUUUACCACAGAUAACGACCAAAACAAUAUGUUACAUCUGGCCGCAAAGAUACCUCCCAGCUCUCCCCAUAUUCAUCAUUUCACUGAUCCGGUUCGUCAAAUGCAAAGCGAAGCAGGGUGGUUCAAGGCGGUUGUAAACAUUGUUCCAACAUUUUAUGAAGGACAAAGAAAUAAAAAUGGUGAAACUCCUUCAGAAUUGUUUAGGAAAGAACACCAGGAUUUACUUAAAGAAGCUCAAACGUGGGUAAAAGAGACAGCAAAUUUUGCCGCAAUUAUAGGUACUCUCAUCGUUGGCGUUAUGUUUGCAGCAGGUAUUACUGUUCCUGGUGGUUAUAAUGGUCAGGAUGGCGUCCCCAUUUUCUCUAAAAGAGGAUAUUUUUGGAUAUUUAUAAUCUGGGAUAUACUUUCUCUCUAUUGCGCAUCUCUUUCAGUCGUGUUGUUUUUGGGUAUCCACAAAUCAAGUCUUACCGAAGAAGAUUUCGUUGAUGGACGCUUGGUUGUCAAGUCGUCCCGGGCCUAUUAUCUCCUCUUUGUGUCCAUUGGAAUGAUGCUAAUGUGCUUUCUUACUUCUAUUAAACUUGUGGAUGACCGAUUUACUCUGCCGAUCUAUGUUAUUGUUCUUAUCCCUAGUUUCUACCUCUAUGCCUUCAUUUUUCUAAAACACUAUAUUAUUGUGGUUUCAUACCCUACUUUUGUCAAAAGAAACCCGCAGCUCACCAUCUUGCGUCAAUUGAUAUGUGAGAUUAAAUAUUAUUACUGCUCUUAGUGUUCUAAAACCCAAAAUUCCGCACGUUGCGUGGACUCAUGUGCUUCUUUUUCAUUUUUUUUUCCUUUUUUCUCUUUUUUCUUGGAUUUGGAUGUGGUCUGUGUUUAUUGUAAUGUUAUUAAUGUUACAGUUUGUUUUGACAUUGUAUUUUAAUUUAAAUUCACAGCUACGGUAUAUCAAUAAUAAUUCAGUAUAACU